AUGAGCAAUUUAUCCUAUUACGAUAUACACUAUAACAGCGAGAAAAACAAUAUAAUAGAUCCAUGUGACGAUGUAAAUCCAACAUUAAAUGACGAUAGUGAUUUUUCUAUUAUUAAUAAUGCUAACAAAACAGUAAUUGUAAUACGUAAAUUGGAUAUUUUACAGAAAAUCUUCAAAAGUUUAGCCGGUAAAGAUAAAAUUGCUAAAAUACUUAAAUAUUUGAUAGAUAUUUUACGUUUUAUAUUAAUUAAGACUAAAAGAAGUUGUAACAUAAACGUGAACAAUACUCCUAAUACAGACAUCGGUAAUAAUACUUUUUUUCUAUAUGUAGCAAAAUUCCCAAUAAUUAAUAAGUUUAUUUCAAAAAACCGUCAUCUUUUAAAUUUGCCCAAUAGUUCUAAGUUAAUUACAAAUUUACAAUGGAUGGCUAAUAAUUUAGGUACAUUUAGACAAAUUUUAAGAUUUGGUAGUUCACCCUUCACUUUAUUUAAAAUAAUCAACAAAUUUGGGUUCAAUGGUUCUUGUAAGAAACCAAUCAAAUUAUAUGAAUUAAAACAGGAAGAUUUAGCAGAUUUUAUUGAUUUAUACUACUCAAUAAUGGAUGAAUUAUUAUUAUUGAAUAAGUUAAGACUAUGGGAUAACAAAAAAAACCCUGCAUUUUAUAAAUUUGUAUCGAAAAAUGAAGCUAUAAGUUGGUAUUAUGACAUUAUAUUGAGUUUAUUUAACAAUCUAGAUAAAUAUAGCAUGUUGAAAGAACGUAAAUUGGAACUUCAAAUUAAAAUCGACGUUAAAUUGAAAACAAUAAAUAAUUUAAUAUUACCAUCCCCAAUUAAACAGCAAAUAUUGAAUGAAAUAAGCAGUAGUACUAGCGGUAAGUGUUCUGACCUAACAUCCGAAUUAGAUGAGAUAAACUAUCAAUUAAAACUAUGCAAGUGCGAUUUAAUUAGGCUAUCAUUUGAUUUUAUGGCUGAUACCACCGAUGUUUUUGAUUGGAAAGUUCCGAUGGGUACUUAUGCCAUUUUAAGUUUAUGUAGUGGUGUUAGUGGAUUUAUCAAAUUAUGGUUAUCAAAUAAACAUGAUUUAGAAAGCGGUUUGUAA